AUGGUGGCUGAGGUCGUCACUGGUGAAGGUUUGUCGAUGGUGGCUCCGAGGUCGGCUCUUGGUGUUGCGAGCUCGUCGACGGUGGCUUCGAGCUCGCCGGUUGUGAUGCCGAGCUCGUCGACGAUAGUUCCGAGCUCGCCGGUGGAGAUCCCGAGCUCGUCGACGGUAGCUCCGAGCUUGCCGGUGGAGAUCUCGAGCACAUAUCCUGAUAUCCCGAGCUCGUCGAUGGUUGCUCCGAGGUCGGCUCCUGGUGUUGUGAGCUUGUCGUUGGUGGCUCUGCGGUCGGCUUCCGGUGUUGUGAGCUCGUCGAUGGCAAUCCCGAGCUCACUUUCUAAUAUCCCGAGCUCGUCGACGGUUGUUCCGAGGUCGGCUCCUGGUGUUGCGAGCUUAUCGUCGGUGGUUCUGAGGUCGGCUCCCGGUGUUGUGAGCUCGUCGAUGGCAGUUCCGAGCUUGAUUUCGUCUGUUUCUGCACCGGGUUCUUUGUUGGUGAAAGAAUGUGGUCCAGAUGUGGAGGGUACGAGCUUGUCGCUUGCUAUGCCGAGCUCCACGGAGCCGUGUUGUGAUGAAGUGGGGUUCAGUUCGUUGGAUGGGGAGUUUGCUCGUGAGCAGCUGUCUUUGUUGGUUUGUGAGAUGGAGCUUACUGAUGGCCGCAAGUCGUGGUCGGAGAUUGCUGAAUCUGGUAUUUUUGCUGAGGUAGGUACUCUUACGGGAAGCGAAGCAGAAGAUAGGGUAAGCGCGAGUUUGAUUGAGGAAAGGACCGAGUUUCUUUUUGAUGAGCACAGGACAAAUUUGGUGGCAGAGCCUGGUGUUGGAGGGUCGAAACUAUCUUUAAAAACGCCUCCUGUUGUCUCGAGUUCGUCAUCUUUGGUGAAGAAGACUAUGUUGGAAACUAUCCGGGAACAUGAGCAGAUGCAGUUGGCGAAAUCCUUUCGAGCGAGAGAGUCGUCGUUGGAAACUACAAGUUCCUCUGAUGGUAGUUCGUACUCGAGUUCUUAUAGUGAGGAAUCUGCGGAUGGCGCUGAUGUUGCUAAUGAAUCUGAUAACGUUGUUCGAGAUGACGGACAAGAUGAUGAUGUUGAAAAUGUUGAUGUUGAAAAUGAUGGUGUUCUGGGAAGCGCCGGUGAUGAGCAGAAUGGAACCGGUGAUGUUGAUGUUGAUGAGGAAAGUGAGCAAGACGAGUUUGCUAGUGACGGUGAUCGUGCCGCUGUUGGAGAUGAUUACAUGGGUGACCGAGAUGGUGUAGAUAGACGUAGUAAUUUUAGUGAUGAGCAUGAUGAUUUUAGUGAUGAGCAGGAUAAUUUUAGUGGUGAGCAAAGCGGUGUUAGUGGUAGUCUAGAGAUCAUUGUUGUAGCUGAUGGGAGGGAUGAUGCCGACAGAAGCAGUGAUCGUCGAGCCGAUAUUACUGAUAUUUUGAGAAAAAUAAAACAAGAAAGCUUGGCUGCCUCCCUUGCUGGUUCGCUUGAUGCCUUUGGUGCUCCUUGUGAUUAUGUGAAGAAAAAAAGGGUCAGGAAGGCGAGGGAAAGGCCUAGGAGUUUCAUAGGUCCUCUUGUUAAUCAUCCGGAUCCAUCGGAGUCAUUUCCUUCUAUUGUUAGUGAGGACACAGUUAAGUGGAUCUUAGCCAACUGUUGCCGCAAUGGAGUCAUAGAAGCGCGUAUCCCUGGCGAAGAUGAACGUCCGUGGAUGGUUUCGGAUGGGUGGCUUUGUGUUUAUGACUUCUGGUUCACCGAGCAUCAUUUGUGGUUUCCCCUCCCGAGGUUGCUGUUGGCGUAUUGUGAUGAACAUCUUAUUGCACUGGCUCAACUUACUCCUGCUGCUAUUCGAAACAUAGUUGUGGCUUUGUUCACAGCCGCGGAUAUUGGUGUUCACAUGAGCCUAUGUUUGUUUGAACGUAUUGCGCACAUUACUCGGUGUGAUAAAACGGACGGGGCUUUUUAUGUGUCUAUGAAGAUUGGUUGUGGUGUUGUUGGGGAGAGGAAGAGAAAAACGUUAUGUUGGAUUAAGAAGUUUUUUUAUGUUCGAAUUGCACAUUCGUCGGUCCCUGAUGUUUCUGAUAUGAGUGCCCCUUUUAGGAGUAGUUGGAAUCCUUACAAUGGUCGUCAUUUGGCUGGUGUUCCUCUUGCUCCUGGUGAUAGUGAGUGCGUGGAAUACUUUAAAGGGAUGAAGGCUCGGGAUUGGACUGUGGUGAGGCGAUCAGAGGUUUGGCGGUGCAUCCCGUUUAUUGACUCAGCUUGUUGGAGGAAGAUGGAUUUGAGCGAGAUUCCGAGUUUGGUUGACUGUUUUGCUGGAGGUAGUGACGAUGCCCUUGUUGAGUCUGGUCAGUGUACCGCCGGUGUAGAGCCUUCGGCAUCUGCUCGUAGUAUUGUUGUGGGUCUUACUAGUACGACAGUUCCUGUUCCGUUCGCUGGUGUUUCCGGAAAGGAAGUUGUUGUUGCGGGAGGCGAGAAGGUUGUGAAGAAAAGAGUUGCCGCUGGUCAUUCACCAAAAAACGUGCCCCUUUCGAAAUCUCGCAAAGUUGUGAGCUCUGAUGUUGAGCCGUCUUUGGUGGUUGAGUCGCCUGCUGCGGAGAAGGCUGCCUUUGAACCGUUUGAACAUUCGUUCAAUGGUUUGUCCUUGGGAUGUGGUGAUCUUUUUAAGUUGUUUCAAUCGCCUGGUGGCGUUGAUGGUUUGCCUUUUGACCACGGCAGGCGCGGUGAGUGGUAUCAGGAGUUCGCUCAUCACUUGGCUGUUGCUACAAAAUUUGUGAACAAAUUGAUGGUUAAUCAGGAUGAAGAGCUUGAAGAGGUGAAGGCGGAACUUGAAAAAUGAAGGCUGAGCUUGCCUCUGUUGAGGGCAAGGCUGAUAGUUCUGAGGAAAUAGCGGCUCUGCGCGGUAAGUAUGAGGCUGAGAAGAAAGUGUCCUCAGAUGCAUUGGAAGAAGUUCAAAGACUCACUGCAAAAAUAGCUCUGGAAACUGGACGGGUGAAGAAGCGUCAAGCGGCCGACUUGGAGCGUUUUAAGAAGGAAAAAGAGGUGGCGGGCAGGAGGUAUCGCAGGGCAGUAACGAGACAUGAUGAUGUGCUUGCUACUUUUAAUUCUCGUAUGGAAAAGGUGCGGAGGUAUAUGGAAAAUCAGAAGGUUGUUCGCACAUCUAUGUAUGGAGUGAAUCAGAUUGUGGGAGUGCUUGAUGCUGCCAAGACUUGGAAGAAAGAGGCAAUAAUUAUUCCUGAUGGUAAGGUUAAGCAUCUUGAGAAUGAAUUGGUCCGGAGGAAGGAGAAGGCAAACUUGGUUGUUCGUGUUGAGUUUGAACCCAAGGAACUGGCUGAUAUCCCUUCCUUUGAUUUUACUCAUCCACUCUCUCCUGUUCAUCUGACUCUGGCUGCAGGGGUUGAAGAUGCUGUUAAGGCAAGAGGGAAGGAGGAAAAUCGUCGUCGUGAGGAAGCAAGUCGUCGUCGUGUGGCUGAGCGUGCUGGUGCUGUGUCUUCGGAUGUGAGGCGUGAGGGUCAAGUUCCUUCCCGCCCGUAGUUUAGUUCGUGUGAUCGUCAAGGCCCUGCGUGGCUGCUGCUAUCUUUUAUUUUGCUGCUUUUUUUUAGACUUUGGUUGUUAAGAUUUGAUCAUGUUGAUCUCUUUCGGAUAUGGAUGGUGGUCUUCUUGUUGGUUUGGUUGUUAUGAUGGAUCA